AUGUCAUACAUUGGAAAUGUGUCCGAUUUGGAAUGUGAAAAAAGUGAUACCAAUCGAAAUCGUUCUUCGAAUUUGGUAACUAAAGCCCAGGCGAACAAGUUAUCCUCUGAACCAAAAUGGGCUGCUAAAAGAAGCCCUGACUCCGACUCUGAAAUAUCAACCUCGGAAAAUUUUUUGACCAAAGGUGCUUUUCUUUUGACACCCUCAUAUGAACUAUCGAUGGAACGUGCUGCUCAAAUAUGCGAGAAGAUUACCUUUAAAGGCUGUUUUAGUCUGACAAAAACAGCCAGCGGCAUUCUCUUCAAAUUCUCUCACCCAGAUGAUUAUCAAGCAGUUUACAAGAAGGGCUUUCACAAAGUCACCGGUGCACGAUUUUAUCGCAAAGUAAGGCUAAAUUAAAAAAAAAUCAAGUAUAUGAAUUUUUGGUAUUCAAAUAUUUUAAAUCAAAAAUAGCUAAUAGCUAUACCAUGUCGUCCUCGAAAGACCUUCACCCUGUACGUUCUGGAUGUUCCCGAGGAUUUGCCAGUGGAAGAUAUAAGACAUUCGUUGUACAAAUUCGAUUCUGUCGUUGAGGUUGUUCGCUUGCAUUUGUAUCACCAAUCAAGUUCUUCAUUAGCAUCUGAAAAAAAUACCGAAGGUUACAACAAAUAACCAUUUUUUAAAUGCAUCAAUUAUUUGAACAAGUUUCUUUAUUCAUGUCAUUCAUCAGGUGGGUCAUCCACAUCUAAGGGAGAUACGUCUGAGAAAACUGAACGUCCAGAACGGAAAGAAUUCCCUCCAGCUGUUAUACGCAUUACACUAGCAUCUAUGGAUGAGUACAAUAUUCUUGUGCAAAACGGUCUCAACUUCUAUGAUGCCACGUUCUUCCCGACUGAGACUAAUAUCUCAUUAAAGGGCGCCAAAAUAGAAAACCGUAGAAGAAUGAUGGAUGGUAGUGUUCCCGGACGUGUUCGUGAGCUUCUCCCAGUUUUCGAUGCGGCUGGUUUUUGUAAAUUACCUCCACCGACGCGAAAAGUAAUUAAGCCCCCAAGGUCGUAAGCCACAACCGUAACAUUAACAG